AUAUUUGCAAUCAACAAUCUCUCUCUGAAUUCGAAAUUUGGAAUUUCGCAAAAUUGAUAUAGAUUGGGUGCUCAGCGUAUUUCUUAUUGGUCUCUCUCGAGCGUGCAUUCAUAUAGUGCCGCUCUUCUCAGGCUGUGAAGAUGCCGGAGAUUCAGUUGGGUGCUCACACAUUAAGAUCUCAUGGUGCUCAAGUAGCCAGGUUUCACAUGCAUGAUUGGUUUAUACUUUUUCUGCUUGUGGCGAUCGACAUCAGCCUGAAUGUCAUCGAACCAUUUCACCGGUUUGUUGGUCAAGAUAUGAUGACUCACCUCAAGUAUCCGUUGAAAGAUAACACCGUUCCCAUUUGGGCUGUUCCGAUAAUUGCAGUAAUAUUGCCUCUCCUUGUCAUUCUUGUCUUCUACUUCAUUCGACACAAUGUCUAUGAUUUACACCAUGCUCUGCUGGGACUGCUUUUUUCUGUACUUAUUACUGGUGUUCUCACUGAUGCAAUUAAAGAUGCUGUUGGCCGACCUCGACCAGACUUCUACUGGCGCUGCUUCCCUGAUGGUAAACCGUUUUUUCAUAAUGUGACAGGGAAUGUCCAGUGCACUGGAUCAAAGAGUGUCAUAAAAGAAGGUCAUAAAAGUUUUCCCAGUGGACAUACUUCAUGGUCCUUUGCUGGGCUUGGCUUCCUGGCCUGGUAUUUGUCUGGUAAAAUUAAAGUGUUUGAUCGCAGAGGCCACGUAGCAAAGCUCUGUCUCGUCUUUUUUCCAUUACUCUUGGCAGCAUUAGUAGGAGUUUCGAGAGUUGAUGAUUAUUGGCAUCACUGGCAGGAUGUCUUUGCUGGAGGUCUACUAGGGUUGACAGUUGCUUCAUUUUGUUACUUGCAAUUUUUUCCUCCACCAUAUGACAUAGACGGUACUCUUCUCCACACUUAUUUUCUGUCCGUGAUUGCCAGAGUUCGAAAGAAAUUUUAUUUUCUGUUUCAAGUUAAUAUCUUGGGAAUGGUUGAUAGCUAUCAAUGAAUUAAUGUUGUUAGAGAUGUGAUAAAGUUAAGCAUCAGUGGCUGUGAAGUUAUACAAUAUUAGGGCCCACAUCAUUUGCCUACCCAUCUUUAUAUGUUCUAUCUUCCCUCAUAAACUCAAUUUGCCAUUUCAUGGAAGGAGACUAGGAGUAUUUAUUUGUAUGUUUUGAUCACAGAAUUUUCCGAAAUCAAACCUUAAGGAUAGAGGUUAAAACGAUAUGC